CCGCGGCCGCCUUCAAUGUGACACCGGCGCCUCGGAGUGCGAGCCGCAGCAGCCGCCGCCGCCGCCACCGGGGAGGGGCCGAGCACCAUGUCGAAUCUGAGCAAAGGGACGGGCAGCCGGAAGGACACCAAGAUGCGGAUCCGAGCCUUUCCGAUGACCAUGGAUGAAAAAUAUGUAAACAGCAUUUGGGACCUUCUGAAAAAUGCUAUUCAAGAAAUCCAGCGUAAGAAUAACAGUGGUCUUAGUUUUGAGGAGCUCUAUAGAAAUGCAUAUACAAUGGUUUUGCAUAAGCAUGGAGAAAAGCUCUACACUGGACUAAGAGAAGUUGUUACUGAACAUCUCAUAAAUAAGUGCAUCACAUCAGGAGGCACAUGCUGUCAGUUUAUCCCAUUAUUGGUGAUGUUAACUUUGAUCACUUGGUGUCCGCCAGAUUUCUUCAUUGUAAAGGUGCGAGAAGAUGUACUAAAUUCAUUGAAUAACAACUUUCUUCAAACAUUAAAUCAAGCUUGGAAUGAUCAUCAAACAGCCAUGGUGAUGAUUAGAGAUAUACUAAUGUAUAUGGACCGUGUGUAUGUACAACAAAAUAAUGUAGAAAAUGUCUACAAUUUGGGAUUAAUAAUUUUUCGAGAUCAAGUUGUACGUUAUGGGUGUAUUAGGGAUCAUCUUCGGCAAACUUUAUUGGAUAUGAUUGCCAGAGAGCGGAAAGGAGAAGUUGUAGACAGAGGAGCAAUAAGAAAUGCUUGCCAGAUGUUAAUGAUUUUAGGUCUUGAAGGAAGAUCAGUCUAUGAGGAAGAUUUUGAAGCUCCUUUUUUGGAAAUGUCUGCAGAAUUUUUUCAGAUGGAAAGCCAGAAAUUUUUAGCAGAAAAUAGUGCUUCGGUGUAUAUAAAGAAAGUAGAAGCUAGAAUUAAUGAGGAAAUAGAGCGGGUGAUGCACUGUCUUGACAAAUCUACCGAAGAGCCCAUUGUCAAGGUGGUUGAGAGGGAACUCAUUUCCAAGCACAUGAAGACUAUUGUAGAAAUGGAGAAUUCUGGGCUAGUACAUAUGUUGAAAAACGGAAAGACAGAAGAUCUUGCUUGCAUGUACAAAUUAUUUAGUCGUGUGCCAAAUGGUUUGAAGACAAUGUGUGAGUGUAUGAGUUCUUACUUGAGGGAACAAGGAAAAGCCCUUGUUUCCGAGGAAGGCGAAGGGAAGAAUCCUGUUGACUAUAUCCAGGGCUUAUUGGAUCUGAAGAGUAGGUUUGAUCGCUUCCUCCAAGAAUCCUUCAAUAAUGACCGGCUCUUUAAACAGACUAUUGCUGGGGACUUCGAGUAUUUCCUAAACCUCAACUCCAGGUCUCCUGAAUACCUCUCAUUAUUUAUUGAUGAUAAGCUGAAAAAGGGAGUCAAAGGGCUAACAGAACAAGAAGUAGAAACGAUAUUGGAUAAGGCUAUGGUCCUUUUUAGGUUUAUGCAAGAAAAGGAUGUAUUUGAGCGUUAUUAUAAACAGCACCUGGCAAGGAGACUGCUUACGAAUAAAAGUGUUUCUGAUGAUUCUGAAAAAAAUAUGAUUUCUAAAUUAAAGACUGAGUGUGGGUGUCAAUUCACAUCAAAACUGGAAGGAAUGUUUAGGGAUAUGAGCAUCUCAAACACAACUAUGGAUGAGUUCAGGCAACAUCUACAGGCAACAGGGGUAUCUUUAGGUGGCGUUGAUCUCACAGUCCGGGUUCUCACAACGGGAUAUUGGCCCACUCAGUCAGCCACACCAAAGUGCAACAUCCCACCAGCACCACGACAUGCUUUUGAGAUAUUUAGAAGGUUCUACUUAGCCAAACACAGUGGUCGACAGCUCACACUCCAGCAUCACAUGGGUUCUGCAGAUCUCAAUGCAACCUUUUAUGGUCCAGUUAAAAAGGAAGAUGGAUCUGAAGUUGGUGUUGGUGGUGCACAAGUAACUGGUUCUAAUACUCGGAAGCACAUACUGCAAGUCUCCACUUUCCAGAUGACCAUAUUAAUGCUGUUUAAUAAUAGAGAGAAAUACACAUUUGAGGAAAUUCAACAAGAGACAGAUAUCCCUGAAAGAGAACUUGUUAGAGCCCUCCAGUCCCUCGCCUGUGGUAAACCAACACAGCGGGUCCUCACAAAAGAACCCAAGUCAAAGGAGAUAGAAAGUGGCCACAUAUUUACAGUUAAUGAUCAGUUCACAUCCAAACUACACAGAGUCAAGAUUCAAACAGUUGCAGCCAAACAAGGUGAAUCCGACCCAGAGAGGAAAGAAACAAGACAGAAAGUAGAUGAUGACAGGAAGCAUGAGAUAGAAGCUGCUAUAGUGCGAAUAAUGAAGUCUAGGAAGAAGAUGCAGCACAAUGUUUUAGUAGCAGAGGUAACUCAACAGUUGAAGGCUCGAUUCUUACCAAGUCCAGUUGUUAUUAAGAAACGUAUUGAAGGACUUAUUGAGAGAGAAUAUUUGGCACGAACCCCUGAGGAUCGCAAAGUAUACACAUACGUAGCAUAAAAUGCAUUCAGAAAUUUGAUUUAUUCUUGGACUGUACUCUUCGCAUGGACUGGGAAGUUCUUUUAAAUCAUUACUAUUAAGACGACCAUCUCUUCUGUUAAAUUGCAGUACAUGUUAUAGACCACUCAGAUCAAGCCUCUCCUCCCUCUGAGAGUUUUCAACAUCAGUUGAUUGAGCUUCAGGCUUUCCAACGUUAUCCCUGUAGAGAUCAUCUUUACAGUUCCUCGGGAAAAUGUGAAUGUGCCGCGUUUUGUUUUCAAUAUUGUAUGAAAACAGGAAAAAAAUAAAACAAAUUUAGAAAACACAGCUCAUUAAAAUAAAAUUGUUGGAUUUCAUUUCCCCAGGUCUUCAGUGUUGAUGUAAAUGUGUUUCUGUAGUGUUGCUUAUUAGCACUUUGCGCAUUGUGUAAGUUGGGUAGCAAAAAUGGCAAAAGACAUACAAAGUUCCCAGUUUUCUUGCUCUGCUUGUGACAUUUCCUUAGGUGGUAUUGUUUAAAGGUUUGAUAAAUAUACAAAGACCCACGCAUACAAUUGGCGCAUGCUUUAUCCUACCACAUGCACUUAUUAAUCUUCCAGCCUUAUGACCAAGAACCUUUGUUUGGACAUGAGUACACACCCUGAGUUGUUUUGUCCCUAUUGUAAUUUGAGGUUUUCCAAAUUAAGUUCUAAGAUGACUAGGUUUUGCUCUGAGUUAUUUCUAGAGAAAGAAAAUAUUUUAGUAUGUAUAAAUUGUACAAUAAUUUUUUGCUGUUGUACUUACUGCUAAUAGUGGAUUGUAUAGGGUGGUGUUUUAUUUCAUUUAUUGUAGACAAAAACGAAUUUAGUAUUCACAUACACACUAACUCAAGUAUGUCAGAGCACAAAGGUGGCAGCUGGUUAUAUUUAAUUCAGUCCCUUUGAAAAGCACAUACAUUCUACCCUUUGUUUAUAAAUAACUUAGCCCCCAUAUCUAUCUAUUUAUCUCUCUCUCUCUCUCACACACACACACACACACACACACAAACACAGUUUAAAUAUAUAUAUUUUGGUGAUACUGGUACACCAUUAAUUAUUUCAAAAUGCUACCUAAAAUUGCAAUAAAUAGAUUCACUUGGUAGUUUGAAGUCUUUAGUUCUUGCAGCUGUGUUUUGGAAAGUGUUAAGCAAUAUUUUUCAAAUGUGAUGAUUCUUGGGUAUUUAGCUCUCCGUUGUCCUCUGAAGAGUCAUUUUCAUGUUUCCAGAGAUGUGCUUUGUGCUGGAGAUUUGUGUCCAUUGCUCUGUGCUUCCAACCAUCACUGAAGUUGUUUCCUACCCAAUUUAUCUGCCAAGGAUUAUAGUUUGCUUUAACGUCAGUAUUUUUAUCUUGCAUUUUAUUUAAUAUCUUUUUUUUUCUCUUACAAGGUAAUGUUUUAGAUAUGUAAUUGGGGGAAACCACUGUAGAUUUCUGUCAGAAAAAUGAAAUGUUACUGAGUUCAAGUAACCAACUCCCCAUUGAACAUCAAUACUGUUGCUAUGCUUAUUAGAAUGUAUGUCUCAGAAGAUGGUUUCUGUUUACGUUGAUGGUGAAGUUACAGUAACUGAAUUCUAAUAUGGAUUAAAAACUCCACAUAAAUAUUUUCCCCAUGCGUCUUGGAUUAUAAUUUCCCUUUUAGGCCUGCAAAUAUGUUUUUAUUUCAUUUAAAUUGCUUUUAUCUGUGCUGUACAAUUUAAGCCUUAUGAUCUUGGUUUCUACAUGUUUCCCACCUUUUCAUGAGACAGUGAAGAUGUUAUCAAUAUGGACAUUGCUGUGCUUGCACAGGUACCACAGAACGCUGAAGAGUUGCUUUCUCGUAUAGUUGGAAUUUUAACUAAGAAAGCUGCUCUUUAACACUUUGAAAGUGAGGACAGUGCUGGUUGUCAGCAAUUGAGGAGGCUAUGAAAGCUUCUGUUAUGAAGUCUCCUAAGUCAGACAUUAAAAACAAAGUACUAGCUCAUUGAUGUCAUCUUCAGUAUGGCUGUGCAGAUCAGGUCUAGCAUAUGUGUAGGGACAUAAAGAUUUGAUACUUGUGCUUCUAGAUGCUUGCUUCUGGGUUAAAGUAGAUUUGCUGGGGAAUGCUGCUUCUGCUACCUUACCAAAUUCUUGUGAUUCAUUUUGAUGUUUCUCCUCAGCAAUAGGUCAUUGACAUUUUUAUCUACUUUUAAUGUUUUGAAAAAAUAAUGUGACUAAAUUUUUUGUGACUCGAAUUUUAGGGAAGAUGGAUAAUUUUUCCAGCUACAAAAAUGAUGUCACCUCUGUUCAUUAAAUGUUGUGUUGUAAUUCUUUGCUGUCGUUUUUCAUGAGGACAGCAAUUUAUUUUUAAAUUGUCAGUUUAAAAAUUGAAAAUUUAUUACAAUUAGGAAACAGCCUUACAAAAUAAAAAGAAAAUGGUUAUGAUUGCAAGGAUUCUUUAUGUCAGUGAAUUUAACCAGGGAAUUGAAGGGAUGCAUAUAUGGGGCAUUGUAAGUACUGGGCAGGGAGGCACCAUUUCAAAACCUGGAAAUCUUGAACAGUGAAGCAUUGUUGGCUUCUGUUUUCUCAAUAUGCUGGAUGGAUGGGGAGACUUAGCUAAGAACCAGUGCUCUUAUAAAUAAUGUGUACAUUUCCUAAAACUAGUAUCCUGACUGACAACUUAGGCUUCUGAAUACCUAAUUCCGCUACUUGGGUAUUAAUGUUUUUUUGUUAAGUCUAUACAGUGUUUCUUUGGGUUCAAUUUUUGAGUAUUCACUUUAAACAAAUAAUAUAAGAUUUUGCCCUUGUCUCUCUGCUAUCCUUUGAAAGUAGCCUAAUUAUUUAUGUUAUGCUUUACACAACAUAAGGUUCUUGCAGUCUUCGAAGGAAAGCCUCUGUGUAUUAUUUGUAAAAUGUUACACCGUGUGUGGCACUUUAUUUGGUAACUAUUUUUGUGUUCUAUUGAUAAUGGAAAAUGUAAGAAAGGGGGCAGUGUAAAUGAAAUUAUAAAUCAUUUCUAGUCACAAGAGCAGAAAUGGUCAAGUCACAGGUGACUUGUGGGAACAGUUUGUUGUUCAUUUAGUUGUCAUAUCAUUUGACAUAACCAUUAUACCAGUGUUGUUCAAGGUAGCUGCUUAAAAAUGCCUAAGCCAAAAUUUGGACCUUAGUUUAAUUCUAAGCUAAGACUGGAGCUUGUUUAUGUCCCGUGAAAUGGAUGUGGGUUUCCAUUUAAAUCUGUCACUGUACUUCAUUUGCAUGAAGCAAUGGAUGUAACGUGGAAAUGUAUCUCAGUAAAAUUGUGCAUGUUUUUGUUGGCCAAUAUUUACUGAUGCCAACAUCAGAACAGAAGCAAGCUAAUGAUGGCUACUAUUUUGGAAAAUGUCCAUUUAAAGGAAAAUAAACUCAAAUUCUUAGUUACAAGAAUUAAGUGUGGGGGUUACAAGGUAAGUGAUUAUAUUUUACAAAUUCCUUAUUGCAUGUUUUUUUUAUAUACCAAAUCUAGAAGGUAUAGGACCCAAAAUGGCAAUAUAAUAACUGGUCAUGAAGCUAGCUCUUGGGAGAACUUGAGCAAAAUAUUUAAAUAGCACAUUUGUAACUUGACGUAAGUAAUUUCAUUCUUGAUAGUUGCGUCUAACUUGUUCCUAAGUGCUGUGCUGAAAUGCCUUGAAGUGUUAGACUUUAGUACACAAGAAGCUCCUAGUAUUGUGUGCGGUGUUUCUAGUUAAUGAAAUCAAGUUUCUACAUUCUAAUAAAGUUUACAACUCACAUAGCAUAAAACUUUAAUGUACGUAGUUCUUGCAGUGCCAAGAUUGUGAUUCUCCAAAUUUUUUUCCCUGUUGUGAUUUCUGAAUGAAUGCUUUAACAGGAUCUGUUGUGGGGGAUAUGGCACUCUAAGCCCCAAGUGUGGCAGGUCUUAGAAGCAUUGAGCUUCCUAAAUUAAAAUUUGUGCAGCAAAAUUCACUCCGGCAUCAACAAAAGCAUGUAGACAGUUUACCUGGAAAACUUAAGGUGUUACCUUCAAGUACCAAUUUAGGAGGUUUGUUUGGUACAUAUAAUACAACUGGUAAUUACCAAGUAUGCCCUUGUGUAAGUGAACAGUAUAGAGACCUUGUUGGCUCUAAAAUUCUAUUCAGUAUACCAUUUUUAUUACUUCCUAGCUCGGAGCCUUGUUCUUUUUUCAUCUUCCUUGUGUUUUAAUUCUGAAGGCCAUCUGAAGGUAGAAUAUAUUACCUUUUAAAAAUUUUGAAGUGCAUGGCUGUAAAUUGAUGGUAAAUGUUAUUUUCAUAUCAUUUAUAAUCUUGUCACAAUCUACUUAAUGAAGCUUGUUUUAGUUUCAGUGAAAAUUUCUUCUAAAGUAGUCCCCCCUCCCUGGGAAUAGGGUAAAUGAUCUUACUACAAUUAGCGUGUAUGGUGCAGAAUUUUAUGGAAAUGAAGUGUGCCAACCAUGUGGUGAUUUACAUGUAUUAAAAGAUGAAUGCACAAACUUGCUGCUUACAUCACUGCAAUUUCUAGGACCCAGUUUCUUUUGCUGAUUAAAACCAGAAAAACAAGAGUCUGGAAAAAGAGAUGUGUACAAAAUCCCACUAAGUGUAGUGCUAGAAUUUCUAUACAAGUUUUGCUCUAAAGCCUGUGUUCAUUCUAAAGCCUGUGUUUUUAAUAAUUGUUCAUGUUCCGUCUCCAGGAAUCAGUGAUAUGUACAAGUUGAAUUUGGAUUUUACAGAUUUUUCUUGUCAUAUUUUGGUAAAAGUUUGUGUUGACUUAUAGUGCCUUGAUACUGAAACAGCAUGCAUAUAAGAUUGUAGUGUGCAUCUUGAUAUAUAUUUACUAUUGUUUGUAAAAAAGAAAAGAGAGAGAGCUCAAUGUCAGAUCUCAAUACCUAUGGAGUUAAUUUUCUAUCCAGUAGCCUAGAUUUGUGAAGUAACUACUGACCUGAUGUUUUAAAGAUAGAGAUGAAACAAGAGUGAGAAGUUUAGCUAAAGAGCAUGGUAUGGAGUGAGGUAAAGACAAUUUGAGUGUGUUCUGAUGCAGCAAGAGGCACAGCAUGUGUGUAAUAAAACAAGACAUUGCAACUGUGAUGUUUAAAUGAAAGGGGUGCUGGAGAGCCUGGCGAAGAUCUUGGUCUAGUUUCAGAGGUUGCCCACAAAAUGUUUUUACAAUAUUCCUUAAAAAAGCUAUUUUUAAGCAAAAAAAAAAAAAAUGUAUUCCUGUUUGUUAGAAAGUGCCCAUAUUAAGCUGAAUUGAGCCCAUUAAAGGAACAGUCCAUUUCAAGGGAGUGAAGAUUUAUUGGUUGUUACUAAGGUUAGAGAAGACUUCCACAAACUAAAUGCUCGAGAAGAGUACCUAAAUUUUUACCCAAAUUGCUCACCAGCAUCCAAGGGAAGCUUAGGAUGGGGGAGUUGCCCAUCUGAAGACAGUACAUUUAUAGGUGCAAGGUGAGGCUCUGGGACAGCUAUGUUUGGGAACCAUUGUUUAGGUUAUUUGUGUUAAACUACCAGUUUCAUUAAUUAGGUAACAAUAUUCAUGUGAUGAGCAAGUUCCGAGACCCUUUAAUAACAAAAUGGGAUCGUCACGUCACAUUAGUCACAGCUAAGUUCUCAUUGGGAGAGUAAUGUCAGUCAUGGCACCUCUACAGUAGAGAGACAACUAUGAUGUCUGAAUUAAGCACUGUCACUAAAAGAAAGUGAGCUUAGAAAUUCAGCUUAGUGACUUCUAGUCCAUAUUUAGGUAGCAGUGUUAGGUGGCUAAAUAAAAAGUGCUUACUGAAUAGGCUUGGAAUUUGUUCUACUAGAACCAUGGGUUAUGUAGUGACCUAGUCUGGGUAGCAGAAAUUGAAAUUUGUAUAGUCAAUUUUGGAAAUUAUGAUCAUAAGUGUAAACCAUUGACCUGGCCAUUAACAAUCAAGAUAACUUGAAGGGAUUCUAUUUUUAGCCUUCGGUUUGAAGAGUGUCUACAUAAUCCAGAAGAAUGUCAUACUAUUGAUUCCCUAAUUCCCCAGUGUAAGUUUUGGGUUAUUUUUCAGUAAUGAGCAUUCAUAGAAUUAUCCAGUAAAAAGUUAAAUACAUAUUAGCUCCCUCAUCAAAUUGGCACCAUAUAUUGCAUAAUUUAAGCAUAUAAAACCUACAAGUCUUUAAAAUCAGUUUUCAAGGUUAAAGAAUCAAAGACUCCCCAGCUUUAACACCACCUUCCAGUCCCUACUGUUGUCUAGAUGUACCUCUCCUUCAUAGACUACUAAGUAGACGGUGUUGUUCUCAGCGUACAUGAAAACACAGCCUAUUGUUGAUUUACUCAUGACUCCAUUCUCUAGCCUCAGGAUCCAGUGGCAGUUGAGGGCAAGUACAUUGCAAUUCUCAUGGGAGGUUAUUUUUCAUCUGUGACCUCGUCUAGAAGAUUGAAGCUUUGAUUUACUAAGGAGCAGGUGGCAUGCUCUCACUUAAACAGUUCUUAGUACGGUACCUGCCCGUCAGUUUGCAGUAACUGCUCACUUCCUAUGCGUCCUACCUUUUCCAGCUGGAGAACUACCAUAAACAGGCUGCCCAUGCAUGCCUAAGCAUUGUGAUGAUAAAUAAGUGAUGAUAAAUAGGUUGGGUGCCCCCACUUCUGUAAAGUUAGUAAUCCUGCAUCUGAACCUAAACUGCUCAUUAACAUCACUAUAUAAUACUCUGAUCAACUGACCUAUUCACUUAGAAAUUAUUAACUAAAGAUUAAGGUGCCCUUUAUUUUUAAGCUAGUGUAACUUCCUUUUUCCCUGCUUUGUACAAUCAUCACCAAAUUAUGAGGCAUUAAAAUAGUUAAAAAACAAUUAUACCAGUUUUGUGUCAGUGCUUUUGAACAUGCAUGUCUAUGUACUGGGGUACAUGGGUCUGGGUGAAUUUGUAUAUGCUUGAUUAGAGAACAGAUCUUAAAAGUUAGUAGAUAACUGAUAGGCAGAGGAUUUUUUUUGCUGUGUCGUAUUACAUAUACAGUUGAUUGGAUAUCAGACUAAUAAAAUGACCUUAAACCCUA